AUGGAUUCUAAGGACCGGCGAUUUCAAAUUAUCAAUGGAUCACUAUGGAUUUUUAAUGUUACGGUAGCAGAUUCCGGUGAAUAUACCUGUUCAGGCUCUUCUGGCAUUUCAUGCAUUGGAACUCUUAAAGCUUUUAUAAUGCCAAUUUAUACCCUAGAUUUUUCAAUCAUUUGUGGAUUGAACGUUAUUCUUCUCAUACUUUUCCUUGUUACUACUAUUCUUAAUCACCUGCGAUAUCGAACAUCGGGUCCCGUAAAGCAAAUCGAAUCUGCUAUUGAUUUGUAA